AUGCAGAGCACAGGGGCAUUUACAUUGUGUUCUGGAUUAUCAGUAUGGAAUGCCUUAGUAUUUGAGAUUGUGAUGACUUUUGGGCUUGUUUACACUGUUUAUGCCACUGCUAUUGACCCAAAAAAGGGAGAUUUGGGUGUGAUUGCUCCAAUUGCCAUUGGUUUCAUUGUCGGGGCCAACAUUCUUGUUGGUGGGGCCUUUGAUGGAGCCUCAAUGAACCCUGCUGUUUCUUUUGGGCCUGCUUUGGUUAGCUGGACUUGGACUCAUCAGUGGGUUUACUGGGCUGGGCCCAUAAUUGGUGCUGGGCUUGCUGGUGUUGUCUAUGAACUUUUUUUCAUCAACCACUCUCAUGAGCAAGUGCCUAGUGCUGAGUAUUAA